ACAGUUGACAUGACAUGACAACUUGUUUGACAGUUGUUUGUUUUUAUUUUUUUGUGUAUGUUAACAUAUUGCUCCGAAUUUGUUAUUAUUUCUGAAUUAUUCUUCUACAUAUCUCUCUCUAAUAUUCUGUAAUGGCAGAAAGAUAUCAAUUAACUGAAUGCUUACAGGUGCUUAUGAAAGGCGUCCCGAUUGAAGAUGCCAUAUUGCAAGUAUUAGGCAGUAAACGUAUUCCAUCUAGUAGCUCUGAUAAACAAAGGUUUCGUCUAUUGCUAUCGGACGGCAAAUACUUCAUUUCUUUUGCUAUAUUAGCUACACAAAUCGACGAUGCGGGUGUUAGUGGGGAGCCUUCGCAAUAUUCCAUAGUAAAAAUCAAAAAGUGUAUAAUUACUAUGAUUAGCAAUGUGGAAAACGACAAUAAACCUGUUUUAGUUAUAACGGAAAUGGAGACCCUUGCUUCUGGGGACCAGACCAGUAAAAUUGGCUCUCCAGUGCGCUUGCCAGAUGAACUUAUGAAGGAUGUUAAGAACAAUGUUGUCAGUUCAACUACGUCAUCUAUUGUAAGCAAUGUUAACAGUCCACACAAAAAUCAAAUUGACACAAGCAUGUCGAUUCAAGGCGAUCAAAACAUCAGCUCGACAACUGUAGACACCAACGUAAAUAGUCCUCACAAAAAUGGUGCGGAUACAAAUAUACGACAUCAGUUCACACAUCCAAUCUCAAGCUUGAGUCCCUAUCACAAUAAGUGGGUGAUCAAGGCACGUGUCGCUUGCAAAUCUUCAAUUCGUACCUUUAAAAAUUUCAGAGGUGAAGGUAAACUGUUCAGCGUGGAUUUAAUAGAUAAAAGUGGCGAAAUCAGGGCGACAAUGUUUGGUGAUCUUGUUGAUACAUUCUACAAUUUGAUUGAGUUGGACAAAGUCUAUUAUGUAAGUAAAGGCCGACUGGAAUUUGCCAAUAAGCAAUUUAAUAGUCUCAAAAACGAUUAUGAGAUUAAGUUUACUCCUAAUACAAUUGUGGAGGAGUGUCACGAGGGGGCGGAGUCUGUGCCACAAACUUCGUACAAUUUUGUUUCGAUUGAUAAAAUUGCAGACAUUGAAGUGGAUACUGUGAUAGAUGUUUUAGGAGCAUGCAAAAGUACAUCCGACCUUCAAAUGUUACAAUCGAGGUCUACGGGAAGAGAUCUAAAGAAACGCGAGCUCACUUUAGUAGACCAAAGCAACAAUGCUAUCACCCUAUCACUUUGGGAUACGGAAGCGGAAACAUUUGAUGGCUCCUCACAACCAGUGUUACUCCUCAAACGCGCAAGAGUGUCCGAGUAUGGCGGCGGAAAAACGCUAUCUACAAAUGCUUCUACAUUAAUGAAAAUUAAUCCGGAUAUUCUCGAGGCGUACCGUCUUAAACGUUGGUUUGACAAUGAAGGUCGAUCGCAAGCUGCCCUCAAUAUAAGCUCUGGGUGGGUGGGUGAUAGUUCACAAACCCAAUGGAUUAACCUCAAGGACGUUCACGAAAUGGGCCUGGGACAUGGUGAGAAAGGUGAUUAUUUCCAAGUUUUCGCCACCAUACUUCUGUAUCGUUCCGAAAAUGGAAUAUACAAGGCCUGCGCAAAAGAAGACUGCAAAAAGAAGGUAGCUGAAGGGAAUGGAAUGUAUCAUUGUGACAAAUGUAAGCGAGAGUACCCCAACUUUAAGUAUCUGUUAUUGGGAUCAGCCAAUAUUGCUGAUUGGAGUGGAAAUAUCUGGCUCAGUUUGUUUUCUUCGGAAGCCGAGAAAGUAUUAGGGGUGAGUUCGCAGGCUGUUGGUGAGGCAAUUGAGAGAAAUCCGCAAGCGUUAGCAGAGUUUGCAGAUAAGGCACAUUUGAAAGAGUUUCUUUUCAAAUGUCGAACCAAGAUGGAUUAUUUUAAUGAUGAAAAUCGUCUGAAGACUGUCGCCCUUAGAGUGGAUCCGGUGAAUUACAAAGAGUAUAACUCUUACCUGAUAUCACAAAUUAACGAGUUACUAAAUUAAAUGCGGGCACCCAUUUUCAUUUUGUGAUCACGUUUGAAGUUAAAACUAAAUUAUUUAGUUGUGAUUCAAUUGGACAAAUUCAAGUAUUUAUUUUUACAAUCAUCUGAUUCCAUUAUUAUUAUAUUAUUAAUACUUUUUAUAGUUUAUAUUUUAAAAUUGUUUACUAACGUUACUAAAUAUUAAAAUAAAUAUUGCAUACUGAC